AUGAAUUGCUUGUUUUGGAAUAUACGUGGAAUUGGGAAAGGUGAGAGGAGUAUGACAAUUAGGAAGUUUGUGGAACAAAAGAAAGUAUCCUUCAUGGGUUUAGUGGAGACAAAACACAGAAGAUCUAUAAGAAAUAGGAUGAAGAGAAUGUGGGGUAAUGAAGAAUAUGAGAUAUGCGAAGUCUAUGCCAGUGAGACAAACAGAGGGGGGGUGAUUGCUGCUUGGGACACGAAAACUUUUAAUGUCUCAAAUAAACACUCUGGGAGUAGAUGGAUCCUACUAGAAGGCUGUGUUAAAAACUUCAAUUUUGAGUGCUGUGUGGGGGUGAUUUAUGGGCAUAAUGAUAGAGUAGGAAGAUUCGCCAUGUUUGAAGAGCUUAAACAAUUGAUGCUAGCUAUAAGUAAACCAAUUCUACUGUUGGGUGAUUUCAAUGUCGUAUUACACCCUAGGGAAAGAAUCAGAUCUUUUAGAUGCGACCGGAGCAUGAGAGAAUUCUCGGAGUGGAUUAUUGAUUUGGGAUUGAUUGAUAUACCAUUACAUGGCGUAAAGUUUACCUGGAGACGGAAUGAAUCAAAAAGUAAAUUAGGCAGAGGGCUGUGUUGUCAGGCAUGGAUGAGAAAUUCCCAAAUUUAA